UUUUUUUUUUUUUUUUUUUUGGUUCUUUUUUUCGGAGCUGGGGACCGAACCCAGGGCCUUGCGCUUCCUAACAAACUAGCUUUAAAAAAAUAUUCUUGGGUGGAGAGAUGGCUCAGUGGUUAAGAGCACUGACUACUCUUCCAGAGGUCCUAAAUUCAAAUGCCAGCAACCACAUGGUGGUUCACAACCAUCUGUAAUUGGAUCUGAGGCCCUCUUCUGGUGUGUCUGAAGAUAGCAACAGUGUACUCAUAUAAAUAAAAUACAUAAUUUUAAAAAAAUAUUCUUCAUUGCCGAAGUGGUGAUCCCUGUCUCCUGAGUGCAUUAAUCCCAGUACUCAGGAGACAGAGGCAGGCGGGUCUCUGAGUUUGAGGCCAAUCUGGUCUACAGAGUGAGUUCCAGGACAGCCAGGACUACACUGAGAAACCCUGUCUCAAAAACACCAAAACCAAACAAAAACAGAAACAAAAAACCCCCGAAACCCAGGAUGAUCUGAAAAAGUACCCUACGCUGGGAAAGAGGUAGUUAUUGCCGACUUGAAACAAGUUAGAGAAUUCUGGAAGAGGGAAUUUCAACUCAGAAACUGCCUCCAUCAGAUCGCCCUGCAGGCAAGCCCUUUGGGGGCAUUUUCAUGAUUAAUGAUGGCUGUGGGAGGGCUCAACAUACUGGGGCGGUGCUGAGUUCCCGGGGCCACCCUGGCACACUGGCCUGGGUGGAUGCCUGUCCACUUCUGCUUUCACUGGCCCUCAGAGGCCUUGGUCUGGAGUGCCACUGCGGUCGCCUGCUAGCACGCGCCAGGGCACAGGACUCCUCUUUCUUGCAAAGCACUCCGGGGAGGCUGGAGUUUAAUCACACAAACAGUGUCCGGCUUCCUGUCCUCAUCCGCCCCCCUCCGGCCCGCUUCCCUGGUCCCUCCCUCUCCCCUGGCCCGAUCCGCCCACCAGCUCCCCCUCCCCAUCCCUCGGGUCCCGGGAUGGGGGGGCGGUGAGGCAGGCACAGCCCCCCGCCCCCAUGGCCGCCCGUCGGAGCCAGAGGCGGAGGGGGCGCCGGGGGGAGCCGGGCACCGCCCUGCUGGCCCCGCUGGUGCUGAGCCUGGGCCUGGCGUUGGCCUGCCUUGGCCUCCUGCUGGUCGUGGUCAGCCUGGGGAGCUGGGCAACGCUGUCUGCCCAGCAGGAGCCUUCUCAGGAGGAGCUGACAGCAGAGGACCACCGGGAGCCCCCUGAACUGAAUCCCCAGACAGUGGAAAGCCAGGAUGUGGUACCUUUCCUGGAACAACUAGUCCGGCCUCGAAGAAGUGUUUCUAAAGGCCGGAAGGCGCGGCCUCGCCGAGCUAUUGCAGCCCAUUAUGAGGUUCAUCCACAGCCAGGACAGGAUGGAGCACAGGCAGGUGUGGAUGGGACAGUGAGUGGCUGGGAAGAGACCAAAAUCAACAGCUCCAGCCCUCUGCGCUAUGACCGCCAGAUUGGGGAAUUUACGGUCAUCAGGGCUGGGCUCUACUACCUGUACUGUCAGGUGCACUUUGAUGAGGGGAAGGCAGUCUACCUGAAGCUGGACUUGCUGGUGAAUGGUGUGCUGGCCCUGCGCUGCCUGGAAGAAUUCUCAGCCACAGCAGCGAGCUCUCCUGGGCCCCAGCUCCGUCUGUGCCAGGUGUCUGGGCUGUUGCCUCUGCGGCCAGGGUCUUCCCUUCGGAUCCGUACCCUCCCCUGGGCUCAUCUUAAGGCUGCCCCCUUCCUUACCUACUUUGGACUCUUUCAAGUUCACUGAGGGGUCCUGCUCUCCCAGGUUCUUUAAACUUUAACCUAACAGCUCCCAGAGCACCACAGCACCUCCCCACCCCACGCCCACUCCUCCACCCUCUAGCUGUUCCUUGCUCCAGUCCUGUCCUCUCUUCCAAGGCAGCCAGGGCUUGAUGACAUGUUUUCCAUUCCACAGACAUAUUCCCGUUCUUCUGUAACCUCCCACCCCACCACAGCUGCCCGCCUCACGAGCUCCCAAAGCCCCCACGUACCCGACUACCCCGCCCCAACCCUGGGACCCUGUUUUUACUGACUAUGUGCAUCAGGCAUCAAGAUAGGCUGGACCUGGUGGCAGGAAGCCAAAGAACCUGGGACUAGGCCAGAAGUUCCCAAAUGUGAGGGGAAAGAGAUGGAGACAAGCUCCUCCCUGGAUCCCUGUGGAUUUUGAAAAGAUACUAUUUUUAUUAUUAUUGUGACAAAAUGUUAAAUGGAUAUUAAAGAGAAUAAAUCAUGA